AUGGUAUGUGUGCGCGAACUAGAGAAGCAGCCCGUCGAAAAGGUCAUGGAAGCGGUCAGAGUCUGCACAGCAUUCACCGGGCAUUUAUAUGAGCACGAAACCAGAUUGAUUUCUGUAGCGGCGUCUCUCAGGACAUCGCUGAGCGACAACGUAAGAGAUAUGUUCCCGAGGGAGCAUAAUCCAGAGGACCGUUCAAUCAACCGAGAACUCACCAUUCGUAACCUCGUUCUUUACAACAAGUGCAGAGUCUACUGGACAGAUCGCCUAGACAGGCACCUUGACUACCGCGUCAGCCGUGGCAAGAAAGUGAUUUUAGUCUUCCAACACAAAAUCUGGCUUUCAGCCCACUUGGGUCAAGACAAACACUGCGUUAUUCCGCAGGAUAUUAUAGGCGAAGCUCUUGAUAGUCUCAAUCUCUUGUUCCCGCAGAACAAUACCGACACUGAAAAGUUUCUGAGGAAGCGAGGCCAAAGAUUCUACAGCUUGGGGUAUUGUGGCCGAGAUCGAAGGCUGAGCCUCGCCGACUACCCUCACUGGGGUCAUAAAAUUGAGAAGCUCAUAGACGUCUUCGAAGGUCCACGAAGCGGAAUCUGGCGAUUUCUCCCCCGACAUGACAGAUUCGAUUUGAUGGAGUCGGCCAAUUUCUGGAUUGCGACAGCGGCCGCCUUGCUCGCAUUCGUGGGCUUCAUACUCGGACUCAUGUCUAUAGUAUACGCGAAGUGGUCAUACGACGUCGGUGUCAAGUCUAUGGUUAUAUCAGAAGAGUCGCUGGAGUUGACAAGACUCCAAUAUCAGCUCUCACUGGCUCAGGCAUGUUCUGACCCAAAUGAAGCUAGGCUGUUGCCGGACUUCUGUUCUGCGGAGGAGUGA